AUGAUAACAAACAGAGCCACACCUUCCUAUUCUGGCAUUGUUCAGAACUGUAGACACCCAAGGAAUCGGGACAUGCGAUCUGUUCAGAGAGCAGUGGUAUAUUCUCCUUCCUGAAAGCAGAGCUCAUCCACCAGCCCCAUUGCCUUCCAGCAUCAGAGCAUCACCGGGAAGCAUGAACACCAGCAUACGGGGUAACAGCUUCAGUCUUAUGUAAAGGACCAACACUGCGUUAAUCAGCAGACAGAGGAGGUGACAAGUGCCAGGAUCUCCUGCGCUGCAAUUGGGUCAGGGCACUUACCCUGAGGGAAGAGAUCUUGACAGGGCACAGGCUCCCUUGCUUAUAGUUGUCAGAAAUACAUUUGCAAAGAAAGUUAGCAACUGUCUGAGAGCACACCACAGGACAAAUUUGCAUUGAGAUUAUCCAUUCAGGGCGUCCUGCACAGUAGAGUCCACCAUGGAGAGGAGACUUAGUGUGACCGGGGAAUAAACUUCUAAUGCAGUCUGCUGGGCUUCAGGGGUGCUGACUGGAGUCUCCUCUCCAGCAGCUACACGUUCCCACCAUCAUCGACCCCUCUGCCCUUUUGAGAAUGGUAUCCCAACAAGCAAGUAGCAGAGGAGGACUCACCGUUUCUGGCUAAUGUCUCACGUCCCAUGGUGGCAGCAGCAAUGCUCAUUGUCUCUCUGCACUCACCCUUGGCUGCUGUGUUGCAAUUGAAGAAACAAUCAGCCCUUGAAUUCCUUCUCUCCAUUCAGUCGUAACUUCCUAGCGCACAGACUGAGAGGGUGGGGAAAUGGUUCCAUAUCCAACCACGGCUUGAAAGGUAGCAAUCCCUGGGAUAUGUGACGACAGCAAGCAUCCAUCCUCCAGGAUCUACCACAGUGAGAGGAGCCCAUUUCUCGCCUCAGAAGUAUACUCUAUAUCACUGCCAGCCCCUUCUGCCCGGAGCAGGAGCUGGGUAGGGGAGUGAGAGGUGCCCAACCAUGGCAGAGCACAACGAGCUGAUGGCAGAGCUGCCACUGGUUGGCCAGAUGACCACGCAAGAGCGGCUCAAGCAUGCCCACAAGAGACGCAUGCAGCAGCUGAAGAAGUGGGCACAGUUCGAGAAGGAAGCCCGGGACAAAGAAGCCAAGUCUGAGAAGAGGAGCAGCAAGAGGGCUCCGAGAAGGAUCUGUUUCCCUGACAACAUCAGGUUGCUGGAGGCCGCUUCUCGCAACGACGUCGAGGAAGUUCAGCAGUUAUUGCGGGAUGGUAUAUGCCCAGACCUGUACAAUGAAGAUGGUUUGACUGCACUGCAUCAGUGCUGUAUCGACGACUACAGAGAGAUCGUGAAGCUUUUGCUGGAAGCUGGAGCCACUGUCAAUGCGUGUGACAGUGAAGUGUGGACUCCUCUGCACGCAGCCGCCACCUGUGGACACCUACACCUGGUGCAACAACUGAUUCAACAUGGCGCUGACCUCCUGGCUGUAAAUGCUGAUGGCAAUAUGCCCUAUGACUUGUGUGAGGACGAGGUAACUUUGGACUGCAUCGAAAAUGCAAUGGCUCAACAAGGUGUCACUCAAGAGAAGAUCGAUGAGUGCCGCAUGGCCACUGAAAGAUGGAUGAUCAGCGAUAUCAGGACGCUGGUGGAGUCGCAGACAGACCUGAAUCAUGAGAAUGAACUUGGUGCUUGUCUGCUCCACGUUGCGGCAGCCAACGGCUACACAGAAGCGGCGGAGUUAUUGCUGAGCAACGGAGCGCGUGUGGACGUGAGGGACACUGACGGAUGGGAGCCGCUGCACGCCGCUGCCUGCUGGGGACAGGUUCACAUGGUGGAACUCUUGGUGUGUCACGGAGCCAAUCUCAACGCCAGGUCCAUCUUGGACGAGUCUCCAAUCGACGUGUGUGGGGAUGAUGAGGUACGGGCCAAACUACUGGAGCUGAAACACAAACGAGACGCUGUCCUCCGCUCACACGACAAGCACAGGAGCGCCCUGCAGAGGCGGACGUCCAGCACUGGCAGCAGGGGGAAGGUGGUGCGUAAGGUGAGCGUGACGGAGAGGACCAACUUGUACCGGCAGGAACACAAGGACGAGGCCAUGGCCUGGCAGCAGGUCGGCAGCAAGGACACUGAGCUCGAGCCCGAGGAUGAGGACGCACAGACCAACUCUGAGCUCAGGCUAUACUGCUCGGACUCGAUGCAACAGCCAGAGGGGGGUGAGGCUGCCGGGGUCCCGUCCCUGGUGAAUGGUGCAGUGCUGCCAGAAGCUGCUGCACUCGAAACAGAGCAGGGAGCGGAACCAGGGCCCAGGACGGGGCCAGCACCGGGGGAGAUGAGCAGGGACAUUUCCCACCAAACCCUGGCUGACCUCAAACGGCAGCGGGCCACCUCCAAGCUACAGCGGCAGGUCCCAGGGGAGGGUCUGCCAGCUGACGGGAGCAGCUCUGGCCCUGCACAGCCUAGCUCCAUCUACUUCAGCAGCUGUAGUGGAGACCCCCCUCUCGUCAGGUUCACCGCCCCAGUGGAGGAAGCACCUGAACCCAAGUCCCGGAGGUGCUGCCGGAUGAUGUGAGGGUGGCCCCAGGGUGGGGGAAAUUAUGACAGGUUCAGAUCAGUCCACACCCCUCACUCACUGAUCCACAACCCCACACCUAAGAUCCUCUCUCCACCCACGUCGGCGGCUAACAGUGCCCAAGCAAUCAAUGUCUGAAGGCAGAGGGGAUCCUCUGCGUGUUCUGCAAUCCUGGCAGAGCCCAAUCACUGCUGGUACCUACGGCCUCUGUUGUAACACUGUGGCUGUGAAACAGGGCCCUCCCCCCAACAACUGCUGCUCUCCACUGCCACUGCCUGGGGUGUGUCCUGUUUGAGCCCAGUCCCGAUGCUUUGUCAGAUAAGCCGAGUGGGGAGGGGUGUCUCUCUCAUCUCCUGUAUGCUGCAGGUGGGGGGAGGUGGUUAGUGACAUAGGGAUCUCUCAUACAUGGAAACUCGCUGUUAUCAGACCGUAGGACACAGGAGCAGAAUGAGGCCAGUCUACCAUGGCUGAUUUAUUAUCCCUCUCAACCCCAUUCUCCUGCCUUCUUCUCAUAACUUUUGACACCCUGACUAAUCAAGGACCUAUCAACCUCUGCUUAAAACAUACCCAAUGACUUGCUGCCUGUGGCAAUUAAUUCCACAGAUUCAUUGCCUCUGGCCAAAGAAAUUCUCCCUCAUCUCUGUUCUAAAUCGACACCCCUCUGUGUUCUCUUACCAUAGACUCCUCACAUCCAUUCUAUCUUGGCCUUUCAAUAUGUGAUAGUUAUCAAGCCGCAAUGACAGUGGGGUGGAUUCAGAUCCCACCAACCCAUAUGAUCUCCAGGCCUGGCCUUCAGCUAGAGUACCACCAUUGGUUACUCCGGGUCCUGCUCCGGCUUCAACAGGGGUUUCGGUAUGGAGCAGUGUCAGGUACAGAUCGUCCCCAGAUUUUAGGCUGUUUGGGAUCAGCACAUCACUGAUCUUUUGGAAUUGACCCAUAAGUUCCCUCGGGGAAUCGGGGAUGAGUCCAGGUCGUUGGAACUGAGUCUGGUGUCCAGCCCCUGUUAGGGGUUUAUCAGCUGGAAACUGAUCGUCUCUCUGUCAUCGAGGAGAGAGCAUCAGGGUGCAGGCAGAGCUGAUGUAAAGCACAAAGCAGAAUCCAUGCAAAUCAGUUGUUGGUGGCCGGCAUUGACUCAAUGUGCUGAAGGGUCUGUUUCAGCACCACAUCUCUGCGUCAGAUAUACCGAGUGAUUCUCAACUUCAGAGUGACCUUCUGCACAAUCUUUUGUCAGAACCUGUGCUGCGUAACGCCAAGCAAAGUGGUGGCAUUACGAUCCAUGUAUCAGAGCAGUCUCUGCUCGGGGUAACUGCCUUCGCCGUGGGCAGCACGAAGAACAGAUUGGACAAUGGACGCUAUGCUUUUGCAGAGACAGAUCUUCCCACCCUGCCACUGAUGCAGUGUCUGAUAGCAGAUUGUAUAAAAUGUAAAUGUACAGUUUAUUAAAAUCUAAAAUAACAAAUUAUGAAUAAAAUAGAGAAGUU